GCCAGUCCUGUCUACUCCAACUCUGGCUGUCUACGUCAACAGAUUUUUGACACUCAAAUCUCGGUUUUCACGGUAGUGGUCCGUUUCGAUUAAAUUUAAGAAACUUCUUCCAUCUCUCCACCCCACCCACCUACGGCAUACUCAAUUUUUAAUGCAAUAUUAUUAGAUUGUUUUUCAAGGAAUCCACAGAUUGGGAGAGCAGGAUUUGUGCAAGGAGGAAGCUGGAAAAAGUCGAGUUCUCAAUCUCAUAAAAGCACUUCCUUUUACUUUCUUGCACGCAUCAUCUUGCUUGAAAUUUGGGUUCGUGCCUCCUCCUGAACGUUCGGCAUCACUUUUGCCUUGCCUUGAGGAUCUUGUUCUCAAUGAUGUUGUUGCUUAUGCAUAAUACCUGAGGUCUUCGAGGCACAACAAUUAUAAAUCUCAUGUUGAAGAACACUCUUUUUCUUCCAAGUCUUGCAUUGCAAAUACAAGUACUGGAAUCUCUGGAAGAUCAGCUGAUGCCACAGAAAACUUGCUGGUAAAUACACAUUCUGAAGCUGUAGAAACCAGUCACAACAAGCAAGGUGUCCCUUUUGGCUUUUGCAGUUCAAGGGGUGAUGCUUCCCCUGUUUGGCUUUCAACUUGCUUGUAGAUUGGGAGUGGCUUCCUGGAGGCAUACCUUCUAUUAUGUUAGGUGUGCUCAACAUGAAUUCCGUAGAAUUACAUCUCGAAUGCAGAAAACUCUUCAUGGUUCUUCUAAUGAUAUUGGAUGGUUGCAACGAACUCCAGGAAUAGCCCCUGUUGUGAAUGGUACACAGAGAUUCUUGGAACUGCUUGAAGCAAUAAGAAAUGGAGAACACACCUUGCCCAACUCGUUUGUAUAUCUACUAAUUCCAGGUACAAGAGUAUCCUUUCUUGAGUUUUUUUUUUUUCCCUGAUUUAUCAAUGAAAUUCAGCGUGGCCUACAUCUCUCAAUGUGCAUUAGUAAUUUAUCAGGCCUUUUCAGCAAUCAUGGUCCCUUGUAUUUUGUGGCUACUAAGAGAUUCUUUUCAAAGAUGGGUCUAGCUUGCCACAUAGCAAAAAUCCACAGUGAGGUAAUUGAAAGUCUGCAAAAUUAUCUGAACAGGUAUCAAGGACAGAAGAAAAUUUGCAUUUACCUUGCAAUGCACCAUUAAGCAGUUUGCUCAUGCCAUCUUUUUGUCAAAUUUGCACUUCUUUUGGCCACUUCUCAAAUAUCUUUCAUAUUUCCUUUCUCCCUUUUUUCUUCCAUUAUUCCACCAUUCCUCUUAGAAUUCAAGCUUUUGUUAUUGCUGUUCUACUUCUUGUACAAAGGCAUCAGUGGAGCAGAAUGCAUGGGAACUGAAGCAGUACAUCGAGGAGCUUUAUUGGGGGUCUGGCAAGCAUGUGAUGCUUCUUGGACACAGCAAAGGUGGGAUUGAUGCUGCUGCUGCAUUAUCAAUUUACCGUUCUGACCUGGAAAACAAAGUUGCAGGACUGGCACUGGUCCAGAGCCCGUAUGGUGGCACCCCUAUUGCUUCUGAUUUUCUUCGUGAAGGUCAGAUUGCCGACAAAGAAACAAGGAGGCUCAUGGAACUUGUGGUAUGCAAGCUGAUUAAGGGUGACAUACGGGCCUUGGAGGAUCUCACAUACAACAAGCGAAAAGAAUUCAUCAUGAAGCACAAGCUCCCAGAGGAUAUCCCUAUCAUCUCCUUCCACUCAGAAGCAAGGAUUGAUACUAGUGUUCUUGCUACAAUGACCCCCAUAGCUCAUGCCGAACUUCCUUGCCUUCCCCUUCCCAAUUUUGCCAGCGAGGAUCCCAGUAAUGAUGUUAGAUCCAGAUGUCAAGUACCUGUAGUACUUCCCGCCUCUGCUGCCAUGGCCAUGUGUGCACUUCACCUCCAGCUCAGAUAUGGGGAGAAGAGUGAUGGACUGGUGACAUGCCGUGAUGCCGAAGUUCCCGGGUCUGUCGUGGUUAGGCCAGACCAGAAGCUUGACCAUUGCUGGAUGGUCUACUCUACAUCAAAGAAGAAUUCCAGUGAGCCUGAUGCUAGUGAAAUGUGUGAGGCACUCCUGAGUCUGCUAGUAGAACUUGGGACGAGAAAGCAACAAUAAACAACUCCAAGUUCUGAAACAUACUAACAGUUUUUUCUUCUUUCUUUACUGAACUCUUUAUGUCAUAAAAGCUUCAAAGAAGAACAAUUUCAAUGGCAGAAAACUGUGAUUCAUUGAUGCAUAUUUGCACCAUUCAUCAUCCUGUACUCCAUCUCUGGUUCAUCAUCCAGGUCCACUGUCCUCCAUGACUUUGAUAAUGGACCCUGAAGGCUCAUAAAUUACCAAACGCCUCAGUCAAAUCAAAGAUAGGAGGAACAAAUGGAAGCCGUCUCUACACGUAAACAACAGCACUGGCCUACUGGGUAAUGAAGAGGGGGUGAUGUUGAUGGGCCUAUAAUGAAUGCUGUGCCAUCAAUGGCAUUAAGGAGUGAGGACCCACAGGCUCGCAUUUUUACUUGCAUUGUUCUUAACCAUUAAAUCACUCCAAAAACCACAGAAAUUAUGAUUAUGGAUAGGUA